CCUUCUUUUUCUGCUAUUGGCUGACACUGUUCAUAAAACAUAGUUUGCUGUUUCACUUUUGCUUUAAAUGAACAAGCAAGUUGCCUUCUAUGGGGAGAAAGCCAGGAGGGAGGGCAGAGACAGACAGACCGCAGGGCAGCUGAAGGCAGACACACAGAAGACCAGAUGUCUAUCAAGCAAAUUAUACAGAAGCUGCCCUGGGGAGUCUUUUGAGGGCACCAGUUUCCCGUAGUCCUUCAUUGGGGAAUAAAAGAAUAGAACCCAGGAUUGGAAGCAACCCCCAAGAUGAAGGCGACCAUCUAUUAGAGGCCCCUUGGAACAACCUGAAGACAGUUGGAGCUCGAAAAGACAUAUGAUGGCCUUCUUAUUCUGGUUUGGGGGCCUGAAUUUGGGAAAGUAAGAGUCAAGAAUAGUUGUUCAAGAGACAAGAUAGAGAAAACGCAUGUCCUUUCCUCUGUCCAACUCCAUAUCAGAAAUGGAAUCAACUAAGGCCCUCAGCAAUGAUAGUGACAGGAACUGCACCAUAGAAAACUUCAAGAAGGAAUUUUACCCCAUCAUAUACCUGGUAAUAUUUGUCUGGGGAGCCUUGGGAAAUGGCUUUUCCAUAUAUGUCUUCCUGCAGACUUACAAGAAGUCCACAUCUGUGAAUGUUUUCAUGCUCAACCUGGCCAUUUCAGAUUUCCUGUUCAUAAGCACCCUGCCCUUUAGGGCUGACUAUUAUAUCAGAGGGUCCAACUGGAUAUUUGGGGAUGUGGCCUGCAGAAUUAUGUCUUAUUCCUUAUAUGUCAACAUGUACACUAGCAUUUAUUUCCUAACUGUGCUGAGUGUUGUGCGUUUCCUGGCCACUGUCCACCCCUUCCAAUUGCUCCAUGUCACCAGUGUCAGGAGUGCCUGGGUCCUCUGUGGGAUCAUAUGGGUUUUUAUCAUGGCUUCCUCAGCGAUGCUUCUGAAUAAUGGCUAUGAGAAGAAGAACGACAUUAUAUCGUGCCUGGAGCUGAAUUCCCAAAAGUUUAAUAAGCUACUGAUCAUGAACCACAUUGCAUUAGUGGCCGGCUUCCUGUUUCCGUUUAUCAUACUCACCAUCUGCUACCUACUGAUCAUCCGGGUCUUGUUAAAGGUGGAGAUUCCAGAAUCGGGUCUUCGGGCUUCUCACAGGAAGGCGUUGAUCACCAUCAUCAUUGCCAUGAUCAUCUUCCUCCUCUGUUUCCUGCCUUACCAUGCACUGCGGACCCUCCACUUGGUCACAUGGAAUGCAGAUUCAUGUGGAGACAAGUUACACAAGGCCAUGGUCAUCACACUGGCCUUGGCUGCCACCAAUAGCUGCUUCAAUCCCUUUCUUUACUACUUUGCUGGGGAGAAUUUCAAAGACCGAUUAAGGGAUGCAUUCAGCAAAGAUCAUCUACAGAAAGUAAAGGCAAAGUGCAGCCUUCCCUUGUGUGCGUAGCUGAAGAACAGAAUUAGAGUUCGGGGAGCAGUUAUGCAUGUGUGUGCAUGAAUCAUGGUGUCCACCUUCAUUCAUUCAUUGUCUCCAAAUUACUUUGUAUUUGCAUCAUAACCAACAAGUCUUGGUUCCCAAAAUUCAAUUGACCACAACUUUUGCUAAUAAAGCCUAUUUCAGAAAUUUCA